UUUUUUUCUCUUCAACUUCUUCUCCUGCCGCCAUGCCACCUCUAACCCCAGCAAAAAAAAAAUUUUCAAUGAAACAGGCAGAUAGACUUGGUCUGUAGGUUCUAGAUUUACUUUCUUUUACAGCUUAAAACAAAAAAUUCCAUUGUUUCUUUCUUCACAUAGAGGACGAAGACAUGGCUGCUGCUGCAUCUUUGAAAAACUCUAUGUUUAAUUUUGAAGAUAAGGCAAAUUUAUUGGGGGAUCAGGAAAAUCCGCAUCAGUUUGGUUGUCUCUUAUACCCGCGAACGACCCGACGCGAAAUCUCUGCAAACGCAGCAAAAAAAACACCCCUUAGUAAAUCACAGAAGAGGAAGUUGAGGAAAUUGGAAGAGGAGAAGGCACAAGAAGCAAAAUUAUCCGAAAGUGUUCGAAUCUUGGAGAAGUACAAGAUUCAACAUGAAGCAUUUUUUCUUCUUAAGUCGUCAGGGAAUAUAGGACAGGCUGAAACUGUCAAGGAAAAGCGGCUAAGGGCAGUACAGUGUUUGAAGGCAGGAUUAAAAGCUCCACAAGAUGAUAGACCUAGUAAAAGAAGGGCAAAAGAGUCUGAGCCCUCUCAAGUUGAAGUUGGUGUGGAUGAAAAACAGGAUGUUGUACCACCAAUGAUUGUAGAACAUGAACGUCGUGUGAAUGCACCUCUUGCUUCUUGUACUUCUCAAAAGCCACCUUCUUGUAGUGCACAAUGUACGGAUAUUGGGUAUGAUAAUGCGUUACCAACUAAGGACAAUGGUGGUCACAUGGAAAAAGAACAUAAAUAUCCUUCAACCAAAGCGUCUGAGAAAGACGAAAAAAGCAAUACCAGUAGCCAGGUUAAGGAGGAGGUUACUGCUUCAAAAGUAGGCGCUAAUACUGAUAGCACUGUUUCAGAUGGUAAUGUCAGCAGUGCUUUGAUGACCCCAAUUUUUGUGCCUGUUUCAAGACCUUCCGAGGUGGAACGCAAAAGAAAGGAUCUUCCUAUAGUUAUGAUGGAACAAGAGAUAAUGGAAGCUAUAAAGGAGAGUUCAGUUAUUAUUCUUUGUGGAGAAACUGGGUGUGGUAAAACUACUCAAGUCCCCCAAUUCUUGUAUGAAGCUGGGUUUGGUUCGAGCAAAUCCGGUCUUCAAAAGGGAAUUAUUGGUGUUACCCAACCACGUCGUGUUGCAGUUCUUGCCACUGCCAAGAGAGUGGCAUAUGAACUGGGUCUUACUCUUGGUAAGGAGGUUGGUUUUCAAGUUAGACAUGAUAGGAGACUCGGAAACAAUGCCUCCAUCAAAUUUAUGACUGAUGGAAUUUUACUUCGGGAAGUGCAGAAUGAUCUCUUAUUGAAGCGAUAUUCUGUUAUCAUUCUUGAUGAGGUUCAUGAGAGGAGUCUGAAUACUGACGUACUCAUUGGAAUGCUUUCUCUUAGUUUAAUUGCACGCCAGAAAUUAUACCACACACAACAAAAGCUGUUAUCGCUGGGGACUAUUAUCUCCCCUGAAAAUAUGGUGUCUGAAUUGAAAGUCAUACUUAUGAGUGCCACUUUACGAGUUGAGGACUUCGUUUCAGGUAAGAAGUUAUUCCCUCAGCCUCCGCCUGUAGUAGAAGUUCCAACAAGGCAAUAUCCUGUGACCAUACAUUUUUCAAAGAGAACAGAUGUCGUAGACUAUAUUGGUCAAGCUUUUAAGAAGGUCAUGUCAAUUCACAAGAGGCUUCCGCCUGGAGGUAUACUGGUUUUCGUUACUGGGCAAAGGGAAGUGGAAUACUUGUGUAAAAAGCUAUGUGGAGCUUCAAAUGAGCUAAAGAAUAGAAAUAAAUUUAAGUGUAAGACAGAUGAAAAGCCUGCAAAAAGCUUGGGAGCAAGCAGUAUUGAUGAGAAGGGGAUUGAUAUGAAGGACAUUAGUGAAGCGUGUGAAAUUCAAGGUGAUUCACAUUAUAGGAUUCUGAAUGAUGAGGAAGAGGAGGAUGACUCAUAUUCUUCAGGGACGGAGAGUGAUAUAUCUUAUAAUAGUGAAGAUGAGUUUGCAUCAACCUCAGACAAAGAUGGUGACCAUGCCAAUGGUCUAGAAGGUGAGAGCCUCACGUCGCUAAAAGCUGCUUUUGAGGCUCUGGCUACCAAAAAGGCACAUAACCCUGAUUUGGGUGAGCAAUUGAGUCUUCCUAAUUCAGAUGAACUGGGUAAUGAUAAUCCCCUUGCAGAUGGUGUAAGCAAAUCCUCUCCAACAUCUGGGAAAAAGCACGGAGACACACAGGGUUUCUGUCCUGGUGGGUUGUGUGUCCUGCCACUUUAUGCAAUGCUGCCCGCAGCAGCCCAACUCCGUGUAUUUGAAGAGGUUGAGGAAGGGCAGAGGCUUGUUGUGGUUGCCACAAACGUGGCCGAAACUUCUCUGACUAUCCCUGGUAUAAAGUAUGUGGUUGACACAGGUAGAGAGAAGGUUAAAAACUACAAUUUCGCCAAUGGCAUGGAAACUUAUGAAGUACAGUGGAUAAGUAAGGCAUCAGCUGCUCAACGUGCAGGAAGAGCCGGAAGAACUGGACCCGGACAUUCUUACCGUCUCUAUUCUUCUGCCGUCUUCUGUAACAUACUCUCAGACUUCUCAGUUGCUGAAAUAUCCAAAAGUCCCGUGGAUGGCAUUGUUCUUCUCCUAAAAUCUAUGGGUGUUGACAGGGUUGCGGAAUUUCCAUUUCCAACUCCUCCUAAAGAUACUGCACUAGUUGAAGCUGAGCGUUGCUUAAAAGCUCUCGAGGCACUUGACAGUUCAGGAGGAAUCACGCCCCUUGGGAAAGCCAUGUCACAUUAUCCCAUGAGUCCUCGCCACUCCAGGAUGCUCCUGACAGUUAUUCAAAUCAUGAGGAAAGUGAAAAAUCAUGACAGAGCUAAUCUAGUUUUAGGGUACGCAGUUGCUGCUGCUGCAGCUUUGAGCUUGUCUAAUCCUCUCAUGAUGCAACUCAAUGGAGUUCAUGAAGAUGAUGUGUCAGCUACCAAUAAUUUGAAGAAAGAUCUAGAUAAGCAAGAUAAAAUGAAGCAGAAGCAACUGAAGCAAGCAGCAAAAGACGCGCGUGCAAAAUUUUGUAAUCCUAGCAGUGAUGCUCUGACAAUAGCAUAUGCCUUGCAGUUGUUUGAACUUGCACAAAAUCCUUAUGAAUUCUGUAAAGAAAAUGCACUGCACUUGAAAACUAUGGAGGAAAUGUCCAAGCUGCGAAAACAGUUACUUAAACUGGUGUUCCAUCAAGUCUCUGUUGAUGAGUCACCACAGGAGUUUUUAUGGUCUCAUGGAACUGUUCAAGAUGUAGAACUAGCAUGGAGGGUUUCGUCUGAUAAACAUCCGCUGUUACAGAGUGAGGAGGAGCACUUAGGACAGGCUAUCUGUGCUGGUUGGGCUGACAGGGUUGCCAAGCGGGUCAAAGUUGUUUCGAAAUCAUCAGAAUUGGAUGGGAAGGGAAAUGCAGUUCGUUAUCAAGCAGCAAUGGUUAAUGAACCAGUUUUUCUUCAUCGUUGGUCAACUGUCGCAGCAUCAUCCCCGGAACUGUUGGUCUACAAUGAACUUAUUCAGACGAAGCGACCAAACAUGCAUGGAGUGACUAGCGUAAAGCCUGAUUGGCUAGUUAAAUAUGCUAGUUCCCAGUGCACUUUCUCGGCUCCACUUACAGACCGUGGCCUUUCUUAUCAACCCCUAACUGACGAGGUGUUGUGCCAGGUAACUCCGUAUUUUGGGCCACAUCUAUGGCAACUUUGGCCACAUAAUUCUCCCAUAAAGAAUGACGCUCUUCGGGUGUCUGUAUUUGCUUGUGCUUUGCUCGGGGGUCAUGUAUUGCCGUGCUUAGGGGGGCAUGUGCAGAAGUUCUUGGCGGCUCAACCAGCUAUUGUUUUAAAGCCAGAGGCGUAUGGUCAAAAGCGGGUUGGGAAUCUUCUAAAUAGAUUAAAGGGCACGACAAGGUCAAUAGACAGUCGUGCCAGGCUUAGAGAGACAUGGAAUAAGGAUACCAAUGCACUGUAUUCAGAAAUUCUAGAUUGGUUUCAGGAGAAGCAUCUCGACAAGUUUGAGGAAGUAUGGAAAGAAAUGCAUCGUGAAGUCCAGUUGGAGUACGAGGAUCUCUUUCCUAAAAGUGGAAAAAGCAGGAAAAAUGGGGAAAAAGAGAGAAAACGGUUGAGAAUUGGAUGAAUGGAAUGGGGCUGCUUAUCUUGUAGCUUCCAUCAAUGUUAACAGAGUAAUAAUAGAUUGACUAAGCUACCAUCCUGUGUCGUUAGUUAAGUAGCUUCUGGAUCUCUUUGUACUCCCCAGAGGUCCUUGAUCCUCUCCAAGUUUGACUAAGCUCAUUGUUGAGACUGUUGUUUACAUUAUUAUAUUAUUACAUUUACAUUUCUUUUUGCA